AUGAACGGUUUCGCGUGUGUUGUCCUGCUGAUCAGUUUGACGCAGCUGUCAUCCGCAGACAACCCGCCGCUACCGGCCCCAUACGAGCUCGACGAUUGGGACAAGUGUACCGGCGGCGAUCCGGUGGUGUACUGUAUGGUCCGAGUAGUCGUACCGAGUGCCACCGAGGUCGAUGAUCGGAAACACUUUCGCAGGACACUUCUCGAUCGUGGCGUUUGUCUGACGACGGCUCGUGAGCUCGUGCAGAACUAUACACAAGAUGGCGACGGGGAGGUCACGUUUCCUGCUUCGUGGAAGCAAACGGAUCGCUACAUUCUGGGCCGCAGUUUCUAUCCACAGGCAUAUCAUCCACACCCGGAAGAGGAACGUAUGGCCAGUGUUCUGGUGCGUCAAUACUGUUUGCGGAACUUUUCGCACGAACGCUACAACGUAGCGUUGAAGAUUGCGCUCUCGAUUGCCGUCAGUCUGGCAUGUAUUUUGUGUGUUAAACGACUCUGGUGGCCAUCCAGAGUGUUGUUGGCAGCCCCUCAGACAGCCGGUGGAGAGUGCCAGCGACACUUUCUGUUGUUUGAUUUGUACAAAUGCUACGGUCUGGUGGGUGUUGUCCUUGCGCACUGCUGUCUGUUUGGUCCGUUUCUGAUGCCGAUGAAGGAUAUGGCCGAGCUGGAGAGGGUACUUACCCAACCCAACAUCAAACUGGCCCGCAUGGUGUUCCCGUUCCUGAUGCUGGUCUUUUUCAUCAUGAGCUCCAUGCUACUGACGGUGAAGCUGCUGGAGAAUGCAAGGAGAUCUGAUCCCCGGCGACCUACAUUAGCGGCGAUCAUCGGGCACCGGCUGAUAAGGCUACAGCCGCUGAACGUGCUGACGGUGGGCUUUUGUGCGCUCGCCUACGAGCACUUCGUCGCCGGUCCGCUUGGACCGCGUCAGCUGAUCGUGGAACAAACCAUGUGCCGCGCGCACUGGCUGACCAAUCUGCUGUUCCUGUCCAACUACAACACGCGCGAACCGUGCCUGCCACACUCGUGGUACGUGAGCACCGACUUUCAGCUGUUCGUCACGACGGCCACCGUGCUCUACGCAAUGCAUAGGUGGCCACACUGGAAAAGUGCCAUCCUGACCGGGCUAGUGUUGUGUGCGUUCCUGGGACCCUUUCUCACCGUGCUCGGGAACGACUUCGAUCCGAUCGGACCCACAAGUCUGCACGAGAUGCGCUUCUUUCUGCUCGACAGCCGCUUCAUGGCGCGGCUCUACACACCGUUCUACAACAACCUGUGCUGGAGUGUCGGUGGAAUGGCGGCCGGAUUUGUGUACGAUCGCUGCCGAACCGCGCUCGAGGCGCCUUCGUUGACAGAUGACCAGAGGAGGCGCAUCGUUCGGCGCGUGAACCUAUCGCUGCUGCUGGCGUUCACGCUGCUCGCUACGUUCAUCCAUCUCACGAUCGAAGCUUCCGAAAGCUCGGCCAAUGCUAGCCGCUGGCGGCUAGCGGCCUACUACUCGCUGUACAAGCUUUCGGCGGCCGCUUUCUUCAGUGUGCUGUUCGUGCGCAUUUUGCUAACCGAAACUGAUUUCUACGGCUCGGUGGUGGUCAGAUGUGGCGCAAAGCUUUACUAUGCCGUCUACUUGAUACAUUUUCCGAUUUUCCGCAUCGUGUUUAGCAACGAAACGGCGGUACGGGACGUGUCGACAGAACUGCUGGUCUGGAUGGGAUUGAAGGUGUUCGUCAUAUCGUACUUCUGUGCCGUGCUGCUGCACUACACCGUAGAGCGACCGCUUAUCGGCUUCUUGAGGCGCAUUUGCUUUCGUUCGCAGUAG